AAAAAAAAAAAAAAGAAAAAAAAUUAACGAUAUUCAACAUGCCGAGCGAAGCGUUACUUUUCCUUUUUGCUGUCAUUAUGGCCGCAGUUCUACUAUUUACGAUGGUUUUCUUUACAAUUAUGUUUUCGGAUCUUGAAUGUGAUUAUAUUAAUCCUAUUGAUCUUUGUAAUAAAUUGAAUCAGUUUGUACUUCCAGAAAUGAUGGCUCAUGCUUUCCUUGCUUUUAUAUUUUUAAUUAAUGGAAGUUGGAUCGCAUUAACCAUCAAUGCGCCAUUAGUUGCUUAUAAUGUUAACAAAGUAACAAGUAAUAAACAUAUGUAUGAUGCUACGGAAAUUUUUAGAACUUUAGGACAACAUAAAAAAGAAUGUUUUGCUAAACUUGGAUUUUAUCUUAUUAGUUUCUUUUAUUAUCUGUAUAGGAUGAUUGUCGCACUCAUCAAUGAAUCCUAAGAUUUUCUGAAAGUUUGUGAUAAAAAAAAACAUUGAUAUGUUAGGAAUUAAUAAUUCUUGGGUUAAUAUGAUGAUAUUUAACUUGAGAAUGAUCGUAUUGUAAGGUGAAAAGAGGGAUUCAAAGAAAAAUUAUAUUGGGGAAGAAGAUUUAUUUUUUCGAUCAAAAAAAGAGAAAAAAGAGCAAUACGUAAUCAAAAGUGAUUGGGGUUUUUAAACAUUAGUUCAAUUUAGUUAAUAUUAACAGUUUUAAUAUAAACGUAUAUGUUUUAUUUAUUAACAUUUUGUUUUUUACAUAUUGUAAUUUUGUACAGAAAAGAAAUAAAUUUCUUUAUAUUUGAUGUACUGUUAUAGGAUGUGUGGAAAAAAUUUUUAUGACAUCAUAGAUGCGUAACAAAAAAAAAAAAAAA